CCGCCGUCUCACCCGCCAGGAAUAUGCUCAGCAUGAUGACUGCUCGUUCUCUUGUCAUUUGUCUCUACCUCGGGCCGACGCGACAUCUUAAAUAGGUUAACUGCGGAAUUUCCUUAUUUGAGACGAUAUCUUACAUAAGCCUCGGUGCUGCUGCAGAGCUUGUAUUCGACUAAUUCAUACUGUUUCACUGUAUCUUGACUUCGACAGCAAUGGCUGCAGAGCCUUGCACUGAUGAAAUAGAUCUCAGAGACACUGAUUCCCUCAGGAAAUACUACGAGAUACUUGUAGCGCGUCGCAAAGCGGCAGCAUUGGACCUCCUGCGGAGAGGUUGGACGUGUGUCGUCGAAUUAGCCUCGCACCCUGCCCCCGAGGACGGCCAUUACCGUCCGCUACCUCCGUAUGCCCACAAUGGGGGAAUAUAUAAUCUCAUACUAGUGGAUGCCCCACUCCCGUUCCAGCACGACAAUCAGUACUCCCAAGUUUGGAUCGCGGACGUCCAUACUCUAAGCGUUUGUAAAAAGAAGCUCGGCAAAGUCAUCAUGAAGAUCAUUCAGCCAUCCCUCAUCCCCCUUCCCGACCUCGACUGGUCUCUGGAGGUGUACGACUAUGUCAGACCAUGGGCUCUUUGGGGCACGGAGGACGAGGCGUAUCAGGAGCUAGAGUCUCUGCAGGGAAAGACAGUGCCAUAUUAUUUUGGGAAACACAAGAUCACGAUGCCGGGAGGAGAAGAUGCUCAGGUUCUCAUCAUGGAAUAUGUUCAAGGCAAGACGCUCGACCAGUGGAUUGAGGACCGGCCUGCCCAUAAUUCUCCCGAAGAAUGUUUGGCAUGCAUCAUAUAGCGAAGAAAGAGCAGGUACCCUACACUCUCCUUUCCUUUCGCCUAUGUUGGCCGGCGCUUGAAAUUCUCUCUGAUGUUGAGGUCUCCUUUACCUAAGACGGUCGCUUCCCCUUCUCGUGUUUUAUCUG